AUCGGAACUUUGCAAAAGUUCCGUUAACAAAAAAGAAGCAAAGUUUCUUCAAAAAUCAUUGUGUAUUUUUGCGUCGCGUUCUGUUUUUCUUUUAAACAAAGUAAAUUUCAUCGCAUAAUGAGCAAAACACGAAUUUAAUUAAUGCAAAUUUAAGUGUUGGAUAAAAGAGAUUAAAGAGAGAACGAGAGAACUGCCCCAUACCGAUAAAUAAUAAAUAAACGUUGAUACGAUAAUAAUACUAGACAAGAUGCCGCUUUUUGCCCGCAAGUCAACGAAGAACAAUCCAUCGGAUCACAGCGACAUUAGCCAGGACAGCAAGCGAUCCUCGAUGAGUGGCGGCAACAGUUCACUGCACAGCAACAACAGCAGCAAUCACAGCAACAACAACAAUCACAAUCAUAACAACAAUAAUGAGCUGGAUAAGAAGCCACCGCUGAUCUUCCACUGCCAACUUGCCCAUGGCAGUCCAACGGGUUUGAUCACGGGCUUUGCCAGCGUCCGAGAGCUAUAUAAGAAGAUUGCCGAAUGCUUUGACAUGUCCGAGGAUGACAUUUUAUUCUGCACCCUCAAUUCACACAAGGUGGACAUGACACGUCUGCUUGGCGGGCAAAUUGGCCUAGAUGACUUCAUCUUUGCCCAUCGCAAGGGGCGGCCCAAGGAAAUCGAGAUUGUAAAGACACAGGAUGCCUUGGGACUGACGAUCACCGACAAUGGUGCCGGCUAUGCGUUCAUAAAGCGCAUCAAGGAGGACUCGAUUAUCGAUCGCAUCGAGCACAUUGCUGUGGGCGAUCACAUCGAGAAGCUCAACGGCGUCAACAUGGUCGGCAAACGGCAUUAUGAGGUAGCGCGAAUGCUGAAAGACAUUGCCACCGGUGAGACAUUCACAUUGCGUCUGGUCGAACCAAUUCGUAGCGGUUUCCAGGGUAUUGGACCGCGCAGUCAAUCUAGGGCGUCGUCAUCCUCGGCAGGAGGUGGACGCAAUUAUGGCAGCGGUAAGGAGACUUUGCGCUUCAAGGCAAAUGGAAAUGCCCAGAUUGAACCGAAGUUUGAUGAGGCCACCACGGCGGGUGUGGAGGCCAUUAAUAAUCUGCUUGAAUCGUUUAUGGGCAUCAACGAUACGGAAUUGGCAUCACAGAUUUGGGAUCUGGGUGAUCAGAAGUCGAAUUCCAUGGAUUUUGCCGAGGCCAUUGAUAACUCCGAUUUGGAAUCUUUUGGUUUCACCGACGAUUUCAUUAUCGAACUCUGGGGUGCAAUAACGGACGCGCGUCGCUUGAGUACGAGAAACUAGGAGCAAUUGAUAGGAUGCUUCUCCUUAUAUUGCCAGAAAAAGAGAAACAUUUCUAAUUCUAUAAUAAAAUAACAAAAAUCAUAUUUUUAAUUUCAUCAUUA